AUGACCGCCCGAUCGGCACCGGUUCAGAUCUUCCCAGGAAAGGGUCUAGGCUUCAUCACUCUCGGUGCCUCUCUACACAAUGUCCUGACUCGCGUCAAGUCUCAUCCUCAAAUAUACCCCGAGAUCGACCUGGCAUAUUCCUCAACGGACCCUCUGCGCAGCCCUGUCAUCUUGAAGUUGCCUGCCAACGGCUUGCGACUACGGUUUGACGGACCCGACCAGAGACUACGUUUGAUCGAGGUGCUGGACUUUACUCGAAGCAGUUUGGUCUAUAAGAAUCAGGAUGUGCUGAAGGGGGGUAAGUCGACUGAAACGUCUGCGACCUCGCAAGGGCCUGGCUUUCGGCAUGUCUACAACCGCCUGUUUGGCCCCUCCUAUCCGGGCGAAUAUAUCCCGCCAGCCGACCAGCAGUCCCAGUAUGGCACAUAUGUUCUAUCGUACCCGGGCGUCUCGUUCUCAUUCCCUCUCCAACACUCGGCAUGGUCCGACUCGUGUGACUUUGUAGCGCUACUUUCAUCCUCCGCUGCAUUGCCAGCAACGUCCAUGGCCAUCUUCCAAGGAUCCUCGUGGCCCGAAGUUCGCGGAAAGCUGUUCACCCAGCAGCCCCAGUACCCACGCUCGUCUGCCGUGGUCAGCAAAACCCGCGAUGCUUUCGCUGACGAAAUCGAAGCAUUCCACAUCUUGGGUGCCGGCAGAUUAGAAGUAGAGCGACGGAACAAUCCACCCGCGCAGAUCACCUUGGGAGAAACGACCCCCCAGGAUUUGAUCGCCGAGUUUGGUCCUCCAGAUGCUAUCUAUCGUAAACAUGAUCGACGGAUAUCGAUCCACCGCGCAACGGGCGGUGGCGGCACUGGAGACCCCCUCCACAUGAGUCCAUCGCCUGGUACAGGCAUGGAGAUCCCCGAUACUGACCACUCUUCCAAUAACAGCGUGACGGAUGACUCUGAUGAGGAGAUAUCCCCAAACAACAUCAGUGAUCCGACCCCAUUGCCCGCUGAGUGCUUCUUCAACUACUUCCACCAUGGAUUCGAUGCCUUCAUCUCCUUCCCAACAACUACAGGACCUGCAUUUCCUACUUCGGGGAUCCCAGAGCCCUCCUCUCAACCUCCCCUACCACAGCUGACCGUAACGAAGAUCAUUUUGCAUGGCAACGUACCAGGAUCCUACCCGUUCAAUCGUCACCGUCGCAGUCGGUGGACGAUCCACCUUGACCCGUCCGGCGAGGGUCUGACUUCCGAGUCGUCCUAUGAUGACAUAUCUAAGCGACUUCGCGAUGUUUGGAAAGGCUCGAAUGCCAGUCCUGAUGAACAACGAGUCAUGCAACGGCCGAUGGUCCUAAACCGGGGCUGGGGCGACAGUCCAGAAAGCAGCGUCGAGUUCCUUGGUGGAUGGGAAGAGACCACAGCCCGCGGACCGCGAAAUGGACCCGAUGGACAUGAUGGUGGAUUGGGCAAUACUGAACUCUUUGGGUUCCCGGGGCUUUUAUUUGAAGUGCUGAAGAACGGCGCAGUGAGCUGCCUUACGGUGUAUUAG